AUGGCGCCGGCGGCAGUGAAGGCGCUUCUCCGCGAAAGCUCCUGGCAGGAUGCCUCUGAUUUGCUCGCCGCGCCCGGCGCCGGACGCGAGGCCGCGGCUGUGGCCUUGUGCAGCUCCGCGGUAAGCGGCUUGUGCAAGCAGAGCCUCUGGCCCGCGGCCCUCGUCUUGGCUUCGUCGGGGUGCCUGGACCUGGCGGCGGCCAGCUCGCUGAUGAGCUGCUGCUCGCGAGCGGGCGCGUGGCAGCAGGCGCUCCACAUCUUCGAGUCCUUGCGCUCCGGUCUGCAAGUGGACGCCAUCGCCUACUGCAGCGGGUGCCUGACGCCCUUGGAGCGCGGAAGCCGGUGGCCUGCGGUGCUUCAGGCGGUGGCCGCCAUGGCGCAGGAGGCGCUGGAGCCCAACGCCUUCGCCGUCUCCGCCGCUGUCAAGGCGGUCUCUUCGAGCGAGGCUGGCUCGUGGCUUCGGGCGCUGCAGCUUCUGGAACUCGCGGAGGUGAACACGGUGGCGAUCAACGCGGCCAUCACCGCGUGCGAAGCGGAGGGGCAGUGGGCGGUCGCCCUCGCCUUGGUGCAGGAGCUGCUGUCGUGGGGCCGCCCCAGCGCGGUGACUCUGGGCUCCUCGCUGGCGGUGCUUGGCCGCGCCCGGCGCCUCGCCGAGGCGCAGGCGCUGUGGACGAGCCUGGCGCGGAAGGUGCAUCCCGGGCCUGAGGCCUGGGCUGCGCUGGUCACGUGCUACGAGCGCUGCAGCGCCUGGACCGAGGCCCUCCACGCGCUCGGAGGCGGAAGCGGAACCGCCAGAAGCCCCGUGAUGGUGAGCAGCGCGAUGAGUAGCUGCACCGCGGUAAGCCAGUGGCAAAAAGCCGUGUGCCUCUUCGCAGAGACCAGCUCUCGGUCAAGGGAUCUUGUGCUCUACGGCGGCCUUGUGCGAGCCUAUGAGGCGGCCUCCAACUGGGACAGCGGUUUGGAGGUCUUGCGUCACAUGGCCGCGGCUCGGCUUGGCACCGCCGACGGCUCCGCCGCGGUGGUGCUGUCCAGCGCCAUCGGCGCCUGCGAGAAAUCGAGCCAAUGGCAGAGCGCCUUGGCCAUCCUCGCCGGCAUGGAGCGCCCCGACGUCAUCGCCUGCAGCGGCGCCAUCGCGGCCUGCGAGAAGGGCUGGCAGUGGCCCCGGGCUUUGCAGCUGCUAUGGGACAUGCCGGCCAGGCGCAUCGGCUUUAACGGGAUCAGCUUCAACUCAGCGAUCAGCGCCUGUGGGGCGGCCAAACAGCUGGAGCUGGCCUUGGCGCUCUUCAAGGAGAUGGCCGAGCACCGCAUCGCCCCGGACACUGUGAGCUACAGCGCACUGGUGUCUGCCUGCGAGAAGUCCCACGAUUGGCAGUUGGCUUUGGCGAUCCUGAAGGACAUGAAGCGCAGCACCGUGCGCGCCAACAUCGUCACGUACUGCGCGGCGAUGAGCGCCUGCGAGAACCGCCUCGCCUGGGAGCCUGCCCUCGCCCUGCUGGAAGACGCCAGAGACAGCGGCAUAGAAUUGAACGAGUUUGCUUUCAGCGCAGUCAUCAGCGCCUGCGAGAAAAGCGGCCGCUGGAGGAGGGCGGUGCUGCUUUUCGAGGAGGCGCAGACGUCUUUGGCGUCCUUAGCCAAUGCGAUUUGGGUGUACAAUGCUGCAGCCAGUGCCCUCGAGAAGGGCAAUCAGCUGGACAAGAUUUUGACCCUCCUGGCAGGCAUGGCGCAGGCGCGAGUUCGCCCGGACCGGGUGACCUACAACAGCGCCCUCGCGGCCACGCGGAAGGAGCUCGGCGCCUGGCGCACUGCGUUGUGGCUGCUGGCGGAGCUAGGGGACGAGGCCGAUGCCAUCGCAUUGGAGGCCGCCUGCGCCGCCUGCGUCACAUGCGGCAGGACGUGGCCGUUGCCCGCCCUGCAGCGGCGACUGGUGCCACAGCUGCGGGUCUUGCUGGACAAGGAGCUGGGACCCGGUGCUGGGGCCCGGCUGCAGCGAGUGGAGGCCAUGUUGGAGCGCAUGGGCCGUGGAGAAGUCUUCCAGGACGAGAACGAGGACGGCAAGCGCUAUGCGCCUGGCUUCAUAGAAGGCCUGGAGCCCCGCAGCCCGUUCCACGUGACGAAGGCGUAUCCCUGGGCCCAAGCUCUGCGCAAGCACUGGACGGAGAUCCAGGCGGAGCUGCAGGCAAAUCUGGACACGGAUGUCUGGGUUCCCGGCAUCUACGCGAAGCAGUACGCCCCAGAGUGGAAGAUCGCCUCGGUCUUCUUGGCUGACCACUGGGAGGAUUGGCCGAUUUCGAGCUCACCUCCACGUGGCUCGGGGGAAGGGCCGGGACUCAACGGCCCGGAGAAGGGGGCCCGCCGAAGGAUGGCGGGCCUGGCAUCCCCAGAGCCCGAGGGAGAUGGCCCGCUAUGGAACAUCAUCAAGCAGCAGCUCUACAAGCCGGAGGUGAAGCUGAUCAAACGGCUCGUGGGCCACCAGCUGAUCCAGCAGAACAAGUUGAUGUGGGACGAGAUCUUCUCUCUCCGGCAAAUGCUGGCGGAGUUCAGGGAUCAGAACGAUCAACUUUGUGAAGGGCGAAGGCAACAUGCCGACCUUUGUGACACUCAGCACCGCGAGCUCUUGAAGCGGCAGGCGCAGAUCUUGCUGGAGGACCUGCGCUCGCAGACGGGGACCUGCGGGUACGGCCUGGAGGACAUGGUGCCGGAGCUCAAGGACUGCAAGGUCAGAGGCUACCUGCAGGAGGAGGGCGCCAAAUGCCAGCCUCCACAAACGCCCUCCACUCGGCCGUCCACCGCAUCCACCUGGAACUCCUCCUCGGACCUGCAAAGUCUGGCCUCCCUACCCUCCAUGGGCCAGCCGUUGGGCCUGGACGACAUGGACGAGGUGGCCGCCAACAUCCGCGAGGCUCUGGAGACGGAGCGCCAGUGGUUGCUGGCCUCCAUCGCGGAAGAGUACGAGCGGCUGGCGGGGGAGGAGCAGCGCCGCGCGUCGGCGCUGAGCGCGCGGGGGGAGCCCUCCACGGCGGAACUGCAGAAGUUCCUGCACCGCCUGCAGGAGAUCUCCAAGUCCCCCAGCCUGCGGACGCUCUCGCUGGCCCAGCCGGAGCCCGUGGCGCCCCUGGGCGGCGCCAACGUCCGGCGCCUCCAGGCGCUGAUCACCCGACGCCGGCAGAACGCUUCCUUGAAAUCUUUGGAGGAAGCCAAGAACAUCGCGCCAAAGGUGCCAGAGGUGGCGAUGUUUUCGGGGUACACGGUGGGUCCGGACAACCGCGAGUUCGACCCAUUCUUCGGUGAUCCGCUGUCAGUCCAGCCCUUUGAGAUUUUCUUCGCCCAGAUGCGCGGGCCCCGAUCUUUCUCGCCGCCGAAGACCAAGAUUCUGGAGCACUCGGACAACCAGAAUUACAUCUUGACCCUCCACCUGGGCUUGCUGCUGGAGCAGGGCAAGUGCUCGCUGCAAGUAGGGCAACGCAAGCGAGACUGGGAAGAAGGGCAGGCGUUCGUCUUUGACACCACCUUCAUUCAUUCGGCAACCAACGACUCCUCGAGGAGUCGCUAUGUGUUGGUGCUGCGCUUCUGGCACCCGAACCUGUCCAAGGAGGAGCGACGAGCUGUGCAGAUCUCGCACCUCCUCCUGGCGGGCACGCCAGACCCCGAGAAAGCCAAGCGGGAGGCGGAGCUCUGGGGCCGCCAUUGA